ACGCUGCUGCUCGAGAAGCUCCGCGUCGCCCGGCGCCCGGCCAACGAAGCCACCUUCAACGUCUUCUACUACCUGCUGGCCUGCUCCGAUAAUGCCCUGCGGACUGAGCUUCACUUCAACCACCUGGCGGAGAACAACGUCUUUGGCAUCGCGCCGCUUUCCAAGCCAGAGGAGAAGCAGAAGGCAACGCAGCAGUUCAACAAGCUCCAGGCUGCCAUGAAGGUGAUGGGCAUCUCCAGCGAUGAGCAGAAGGCCUUCUGGCUCGUCCUGGGGGCUAUCUACCACCUGGGGGCUGCCGGGGCCACCAAAGACGCCGACGAAGCCGGGAGGAAGCAGUUUGCGCGGCACGAGUGGGCCCAGAAAGCCGCCUACCUGCUGGGCUGCAGCCUGGAGGAGCUCUCCUCCUCCAUCUUCAAGCACCAGCCCAAGGGCAGCCUGCAGAGAUCCACCUCGUUCCGCCAGGGCCCCGAGGACACGGGCAUGGGCGAUGGCACAGGUACGGCACGGCGCUGCAGAGGGGCAGCCCAAGGGGGCGGCGGGCAGGCGCUGGGCACCACCGGGCUGUGGUUCUUGGGGAAACACGUUGUCCUGGGGGAAAACGCGGCCCUCAAGUCGAGCCAGCACUCGCUGUGCUCCGUGACGGUGGUGGACACCCCCGGCGCGCAGAACCCGGCGCUCGCGGGGCAGAGCCGCGGGGCCACCUUCGAGGAGCUGUGCCACAACUACGCCCAGGAGCGCCUGCAGCUGCUCUUCCACCAGCGCACCUUCGCCCAGGAGCUCGAGCGCUACAAGGAGGAAAACAUAGAGCUUGCACUGGCUGACACAGAGCCCGCUACACCGGGCUCUGUAGCCACUGUAGACCAGCCCUCACACCAGGCUCUGUCGGCGCUGGUGCUGUCGGGCUCCGGGGCGGGGCUGGAGGGCGGCUCGCAGCUGGCGCUGCGCCGCGCCACCAGCAUGCGCAAGACCUUCACCACCGGCGUGGCCGCCGUCAAGAAGAAGUCGCUGUGCAUCCAGGUCAAGCUGCAAGUGGACGCCCUCAUCGACAGCAUCAAGAAGGCCAAGAUGCACUUUGUGCACUGCUUCCUGGAAAUCGAUGCUGGGCGCACGCCUUCCGCACCGAUCGCCGCCGCCACCGGCUGCAGCGGGGGCGGCGUCCCCGUCAAUACCCCGGGAUUAAUUAAGACAUGGAAGAGCAGCAACGCUCUAAUGCUGAAGCUAAUUGGAGCUGAGAUCGCUCCCCCUCGUGUCCCCGGCUGCCCCAACGCCCGGCUCUCCCUUGUGCCCGCAGGUUACCCCGACCACAUGGUCUUUGCGGAGUUCAGGCGGCGCUUCGACGUGCUGGCCCCUCACCUCACCAAGAAGCACGGCCGCAACUACAUCGUGGUGGACGAGAAGCGGGUGUUUUUCCGGGCAGGGUGCCUGGCCAGGCUGGAGGAGCAGCGGGACGAGCAGACGAGCAAGAACAUCACGCUGUUCCAGGCGGCGUGCAGGGGCUUCCUGGCGCGGCAGCUCUUCAAGAAGAGGAAGGAAGAGAUCCAGCAGCUCAAGGGCAAGCUCGAGAAGCUGAGGGACGAGCGGAGCGCGGGCGAGUCGGCCUCGCAGCUGCUGGGCGCCGAGACGGCCGAGAGGCUGCGGGCCGAGAAGGAGAUGAAGGACCUGCAGGCCAAGUACGAUGCGCUGAAGAAGCAGAUGGAGUCCAUGGAGAUGGAGGUGAUGGAGGCCCGGCUCAUCCGGGCGGCCGAGCUCAACGGGGAGCUGGACGACGAUGACGCAGGCGGCGAGUGGCGGCUGAAAUACGAGCGGGCCGUGCGGGAGAUCGACUUCACCAAGAAGCGGCUGCAGCAGGAGCUGGAGGACAAGCUGGAGCUGGAGCAGCAGGGCAAGCGGCAGCUGGAGAGGAGGGACGUGCUGGGGGCCGAGGCCUUUGGCCUCAAGCAGCUGCUGGAGGAUAGGGACGCGGACAUCGCCAGCCUGACACAGAAGGUGGAGGCACUGGAGGCUGAGCUGCAGGACAUCUCGUCGCAGGAGUCCAAGGACGAGGCCUCCCUGGCCAAGGUGAAGAAGCAGCUGCGGGACCUGGAGGCGAAGGUCAAGGACCAGGAGGAGGAACUGGACGAGCAGGCGGGCACCAUCCAGAUGCUGGAGCAGGUACCAGCGCUGAAGCAGAUGGAGGUGCAGCUGGAGGAGGAGUAUGAAGACAAGCAGAAGGUGCUGAGGGAGAAGCGAGAGCUGGAGAGCAAGUUAUCCGCUGUCAGCGACCAGGUCAACCAACGGGACUUUGAGACGGAGAAGCGCCUGCGCAGGGACCUGAAGAGGACCAAGGCGCUGCUGGCCGACGCGCAGAUCAUGCUCGACCACCUGAAAAACAACGCGCCCAGCAAGAGGGAGAUCGCGCAGCUCAAGAACCAGGUGCGCAGCCGGGCGCUGUCGGAGUUCACCUGCGCGGCCGCCGUCAAAGCCCGCAAGUCCAUGGAGGUGGAGAUCGAAGAUCUCCACUUGCAAAUCGACGAUCUCUCCAAGGCCAAGGCCGCGCUGGAAGAGCAGCUGAGCCGGCUGCAGCGGGAGAAGGCUUCCCGGGACCUGGCACAGAUGAAUGACCUCCAGACACAGCUGGAGGACGUCGGCAAAGAGAAGCAGGAGCUGCAGGAGAAGCUGCAAGGGCUGCAGAGCCAGCUGGAGUUCCUGGAGCAGUCCAUGGUGGACAAGUCGCUGGUGAGCCGGCAGGAGGCCAAGAUCCGCGAGCUGGAGACCAGGCUGGAGUUCGAGCGGACGCAAGUCAAGCGGCGGGAGCUGCAAGGGCUGCAGAGCCAGCUGGAGUUCCUGGAGCAGUCCAUGGUGGACAAGUCGCUGGUGAGCCGGCAGGAGGCCAAGAUCCGCGAGCUGGAGACCAGGCUGGAGUUCGAGCGGACUUUGCAGGACAUGGUGACAAAAUAUCAGAAAAGAAAGAAUAAACUCGACGGCGACUCGGAUGCGGACUCGGAGCUGGAGGAGCGGGUGGACGGGGUCAAGUCGUGGCUCUCCAAGAGCAAAGGCUCCUCCAAAGCGGUCUCGGACGACGGCAGCCUGAAGGGCAGCAGGUGGGGCCGCCGCGGCAGCAGCUCCGGAGAGUCCUCCGAGGAAGAGGGGCGCAAGAGGAAGAAGAGCUCCAAGCACGCCAAGAAGGCCAAGAAGAAAGGCAAGAAGAAGAAGAAGAAGCCGUCGGAAUCGGAGUCGUCCUCCGAGUCCUCCUCCGAGUCGUCCUCUGAGUCGUCCUCUGGCUCCACCGUCUCCUACCGGAGCAGCUCCAGCAUCAAGAAGGGUCCCCGGAAGGCGGGCGCGGAGCCGAGCGCGGGAGCGGGUCGCUCCGGCAAGGAGAAGAAGGAGGAGAAGCAGCGCAAGAAGCAGGUGGACAGCCUCAUGAUGAAGUACCUGUACCGGCCCGAGAGCGACUGA